AUGCAACUUACUUAUCCCAACCAUUCUUUCCAAAGACAGCUCAUUCCUUGCGCCCUCCAUCCAUUCCGACCAGUCGAUUCUUCUUUCGUUCUCCACCAACCGGUCGAUCUCACGUUCCCGAUGGAUGCUCAACGGUCUAGCUGGCUUGGCUCUAGUCAAGUUGAUACGAUCUCGUACUCAUCGUACUGUAAUGGUGAUAGAACCUCGUACUCUCCGUACUGUGAAGUGGGUAAGAAGUAUUACUCUUCCUACUGUCGUCCUUCUACCCUGUUCAUGCAACAAGGUCAGGAAGGCUUGAAGAUAUGCGGUAGUCAAGGUGAGAUAGAUAACAUUGGUCAGUUCAUACCCAAAGAUACAGAUUUAUGAAAGUAGGAGAAGUGGACACUACCAGAGGACGUGGCCUAUACCGUAGGGUAUAUCAAAAACAAUAUUGUGCCAGUCGUCCCACGUCAACUGCAAGAUAACGCACUUGGUCAAGGUCGUGAUCUUACGAAGUUGGAAAAGAGAUGUGGUAGUCAAGGUGAGAUGGAUAACAUUGGUCAGUUCAUACCCAAAGAUACACCUAAAGUAAUCUUUGCUUCUGGUUCGACCGGUCGACUUUGCCUUUUUGAUGAGAUGUUCUCGACUUAUCAGGGACUCAAGUCUUGGUGCAGAGCCUCAACCAAGCAUGAGAUGGAUAACAUUGAUCAGUUUUGA